CAGCCGGGAGCAAAGCGCACAGCCGGGUGGGUGAGGGGCGGCGGCGGCCUGGGAGCCGGGGAAGUUUGGGCCACCGCUGGCAGUGCUGCGAAACGGAGGCAGGCUCAAGCCCGUGGACCAGGGGGCAGGAGGACCGGCUUACGGACGCCCUCGGGACCGCUGCCACCGUCUCGCGUCCUCUUGCCUGGAAUAGUGUUUACGCUUUUAAAAUGUCAUCCAUCAAGCACCUGGUUUAUGCAGUUAUUCGUUUCUUACGGGAACAAAGUCAGAUGGAUGCUUAUACUUCAGAUGAACAAGAAAGUUUGGAAGUUGCGAUCCAGUGCUUGGAGACAGUUUUUAAAAUCAGCUCAGAAGAUACACAUCUAGCAGUUUCACAGCCUUUGACAGAAAUGUUCACAAAUUCCUUCUGUAAGAAUGACAUUCUGCCCCUUUCAAACUCAGUGCCUGAAGAUGUGGGAAAAGCUGACCAAUUAAAAGAUGAAGGCAAUAACCACAUGAAAGAAGAAAAUUAUGCUGCUGCAGUGGAUUGUUACACACAGGCAAUAGAACUGGAUCCAAAUAAUGCAGUUUAUUAUUGUAACAGGGCUGCUGCUCAGAGUAAAUUAGGUCACUACACAGAUGCAAUAAAGGAUUGUGAAAAAGCAAUAGCAAUUGAUUCCAAGUACAGCAAGGCCUAUGGGAGAAUGGGGCUGGCCCUCACUGCCAUGAAUAAGUUUGAGGAAGCAGUUACAAGUUAUCAGAAGGCGUUAGAUCUUGAUCCUGAAAACGACUCCUAUAAGUCAAAUCUGAAAAUAGCAGAACAGAAGUUAAGAGAGGUAUCCAGUCCAACAGGAACUGGACUGAGCUUUGACAUGGCUAGUUUAAUAAAUAAUCCAGCCUUCAUUAGUAUGGCAGCAAGUUUAAUGCAGAAUCCUCAAGUUCAACAGCUAAUGUCAGGAAUGAUGACAAACGCUAUUGGGGGACCUGCUGCUGGAGUUGGGGGCCUAACUGACCUGUCUAGCCUCAUCCAAGCGGGACAGCAGUUUGCUCAGCAGAUACAGCAACAGAAUCCUGAACUUAUAGAGCAACUUAGAAAUCACAUCCGGAGCAGGUCAUUCAGCAGCAGUGCUGAAGAACAUUCCUGACUUAACCAGAAUGCAGACAGUUAUGGCUCUGAAGUGUUUGCUGUAGAUAGUGGCCAAAACAAAAACAAAAACAAUCUAAAGAAUAUAUCUGUCUAAACAAUAGGUUUAUCACAAACAGACCUGCACAUAACAUGAUUCCUUUGUAAAUGAAUGAUCAGUAGCCUUGUUAAGUGCUAGUAUAGCACUUAACUGGGCAGGGUUCCAUUUUCAAAUCUUCAUCAUAUUUGUAUAUUAGACUUAAUAGCAGAGUAUAUUUAUUGAACCAUAGGGCUGUUUAUUGGUGAGUUGAGUUCUCUAGCUUCAAAUUCCCCUAAGCAAACUUUUUGAAAGGGGACCAAAGAGGAAGGGUUUCUCAUUCUGAUUUAGGAGAAAUAUACUUGCCACUGAGCAGCGUAUCUGGAGAGAAGUUUGUUACCUGGGUUUAGCUUUGACAGCUAUUGGUAAUGAAUGUAUGUCAUGGGGGCAGGUGCUAUCUUAAUGCUGCUUAUUCUGAUGGGUGAUGAAAUCUUAAGAGCUGGUGGAAAGCAGCAUUUGGUGCAAGGGCUGUUAUUUUGAAAAGAAACAAAUAGAUGCUGUGAAUGUAUAGAAAGUGGAGGUAGGAUGCUCAGGUUUUCUGUGUAGUUCUUAACUAACCUCGCCUGCAGUUUGGUAUUGGUAACAUUAGCAUGGCCAAUUAUGCUAAGUACAUAAUAAAAUACAUUUAGAAAUCCUUAAUGAUUCUGGUUAGGUCAGUAGUAUAACUGUUCGGUUUAACUAUCACAAUUUCCCCAGUGGUGACUUUACUGUGGAAACAUUCCAAUACAUCAAUAUUUAAAUAAGCCAAUGGCUUGGCCCUUAAGUUAAGGAUUUUCUAAGUGGCAUUUAAUUAUGUGCCUGUAAACACUGAUUUUUUUUUAACUCAGUACUUAUUUGAUGGGUUACAAAAAGCAUCUAUUGCUAACAUUGCUUGUUCAUGUAAUCCUCUGCUAUAAUUUGGCUUGGCAUGUUAUCCUUAACCUUACUUUGAUGCCACUUAAACGUAACAGGGGACUUGAAAUAUUUUAUUGGAAUUAGGAUACAUAUUAGUGGAGAGAGGUGUUAAAGUACCAUGGGAGUGGCUUUAACUACAGUGAUGGAUGAGGCCAUUCUAAUCGCAACUGGAAUUUCUUUUGUUUAUUAUGAAAUUGGUAAAGUUGGCAGACACAUAAUGAUUUCACAAGUGUUGUGAGAGAAAACUGAAAUAGAAAGUAAUAUAAAAUUAAGUCAGUAAUACUGAUGAUCAGAGCCUUACUAUAACUGUCCUCCUCAGAAGGCUAAUUACUUGGUAUCUUGAAAUUUAAAAACCAAUUUUCCCUUUGUGAGAUUACAACAGAGGUUCUAUAAUUUCAUUGUUAAGAAUAACCUGGAAAUUCAUUAAAAAUGCAGAUUCAGGGGCACAGCUUCAAUUUUUAUUUAGUAGGCCCUUUAAUAAGGUCUGGGAAUCACCAUUUUAAAUAGCACCUAUAUUUCUGGCCAGAGAGAGCAGGACUUAAACCUAAGCUAAGCCUUCUGAAUUAAAUCUGCUGUAUUGCAUCUAAAUCAGCUUCAUUUUUCAUGAAGUUAAAUUCAUCUCCUAGAGUUCAGUGUUGUUAUACAGAAUGAAGUGCUAACUAACCAAAGGAAAAUGAUGACUGCAAUGGAAAAAAAAAAAACCCAACAAAAAACGCAAAGUUGAUCCUUAAUAAAAAAUUAGUCACUCCUACCCAGUGUUGAGUAAG